UGCCGUUAGACAUAUAUAUACUGCGGUUUCACAGUCGUCUGCUCAGUAGUGCUAAAACGUACACGUGUCUGUGACAACCUCUGAAAUCCAGGAAUAAGGGAUAUAUUUGAUAUCAUGCACAGAGCCGCGAAAAGUGGAUUAGCCCGUGAGGCUCAAGAAAAGGUUCACAGUAAAUACUCUCCACAACUGGCUGGUGAAGUACUCCAAUGGGUCCAACAGAACACCGGGGAGUCAUUCAAUACUGAUGGUAAAAUGGAGAACUUCUGUGAUGUUCUGGAGGACGGAUACAUUUUGGGCAUUUUGAUCACGAAACUUGGCUACACCAAAAUAUCUGCCUCUCUACUAUCAAAACGACAAACUGCGCCCUUUAAAAAGAUGGAACUUGUAGGAAAAUUCAUCGAUGGAGUCCGAGCAUUGGGCGUGGAUGCUCACAACUCCUUUCAAACAGUUGAUCUGACUGAUAGAACGAACCCUAACCAAGUGGUUAUUUGUCUGGACGCUCUUGGUAGGAAGAUGGGAACAUUUGGAGUGAAGGAAGCUCAACAAAAUAAGCGACAAUUUUCAAAGGAACAACUUGAUGCUGGGAAAAAUGUUAUCAGCUUACAGUACGGUUCGAACCAAGGAGCAACCCAAGCAGGACAAAACUUCGGAUGUCAGCGACAUAUUUAUGAACCAGAGAAAAAGCAGUAGAAAUUUAAAAGCACAGAGCUUCAAAUUUUAAUCUGACACAAGGAAAUACAUUUUGCAAGAGUUAUAUGUCGAGAGAACAUUUCAGUUUAUACAUAAACUUUGUCUUAAAGAAACAAAUGUUCGGAGUUACUUCAUGGGAGAUUGAUAUUUUAUACAUGUGUUCAUUAAGCCAUCAGGUGGUACACAUAUGUGUUUUUUGGUUUGUACACGUGUGUAUACGUAAACACUGGUGCUAAACGUAAGGGUGGAAGUGUAUGUUUCUGUAAACUGUCGCAGAACACGUGAUGCAUGUGUACAUUGACACUCAUGUAGUCGGACAUCCGUUCUGAAGAGGAGCACAACAACAUCUUGGCCGAUAAGAGGAGAAAACGGUCUAAAAACUUGAAACGCUUAAGAGACGUGCGUAAGUUGACGGGAGAGUGUGCGAGAAAAUGGGGAGAUAUACUUGGAAACAUAUUCGUUCAGUUGACCAAUGCCUUACAAGUUCUUCAUAUUCUACAUGUUGCCUUCUCCAUUUGGGGACCAAAGUCAUCACUUAACUUGUUACUUACAUUUAAUAGAAAUAAAGAUGCAAUUUGAAA